AUGUUGGGAUACCCCAGAAGCUGGGAAAUGGACUCGAUGGCAUUUGAGGAUGUGCCUGUGAACUUCACUCAGAAGGGGCCUUUGCUAGAUCCUUCCCAAAAGAAACUCUACAGAGAUGUGAUGUGGAAAACCUUCAGAAACCUGGCUUCUACAAGAAACAAAUGGGAAGACCAGGACAAUGAAGAUCAGUACAGAAAUCAUGAGAGAAAUCUAAGAAACAUGGAAGAAGUCAUAGUGGAGAGAAAUCCUAUGCAUGUAAGGAAUGUAAGGAAGCAUUUAAAUUUCCCAAUUCCCUUUGAAUACUUGAAAGAAUUCACACUGGCAAAAAAUCAUAUAUUUAUUCUAAUAAAUGUGGUGAAGACACUGGACGUUCUAGUUCUCCUCAAAUACACGAAGGGACUCACACUGGAAAAUAACUUUAUGAAUAAAUGUGAAUUCACAUUGGAGAAAAACCCUAUAAAUGUAAGAGAUGUGGUAAAGCCUUCGAAUGUUUCUUUUUCCUUAGAAAACACAAAAAUACUCGUACUGGAAAGAAAUUCUAUGACUGUAAGACAUUUGGUAAAGCCUUAG